AAAAAAUUAUCUUCGUAAAAAAUGUGGAAAUAAUAAAUAUUGAUGAUUCGGUGGUAUUUUGUUAUAUCAAGAAUAUAUUUCUUGUCGUAUUAGUGACGUGAAUCGUGUUUUGUAACCGUGCGCUGCGCCAUAUUGAAGACUAUGCCCCGAGGCGGAAAGCCAUCAUCUCAGCGUUUUGUUCGCGCUGCGCGAAUUCUCCAAUAACCAUAAUUUAUUUAUCACCGACAGUUUUGAUAAAGUUAUGACGUGUUGUGUAUAGAAUUCGUUUCCGUCGACUCGCUCAAAUAAGCCAACAUGACGGAACCGCCACACCCAGGACAGAUGGGGUUCGAGGACAGGAAGGAGGUAUUUCCUGUGUACAUGGAGACCAAGCAGGAGCCCGGCUACAGCUCCAGUGAUAUGGGGGAGACAUACCUAGAUCCCCAGACCGGAGAAACCACAUUCCUUCCCACUCUGAAGGAGUACCAGAUACCUCGACCCGGCCCCGUGCCCAAUAGACCUCCUCCAAAGUUCUUAAGUGUCAACAGUGAAGCUUUGACUGAUGAGCAGCGAGCGAUGUAUGAAUCCGUUCUUGCCACAUGGAAGCCGGUUCUGUUUCCCAAGAGAAUGAAGAGGUACAUCUGCCAAAAGUGUAACAAAGAAUUCAAGAACUAUCAAAACCUGUACCUGCACACCACGAGGGUGCACUCCACCGAGGAGUCGGCUGUGAUCUGCGACAUCUGCGAUAAAACAUUUAAAAACAAGCACUACCUCUAUAUGCACCGGAUGAACAAGCACUACUCCGAGUCCGAGAAGUGCUACUGCCAGUUCUGCCUCCAGGAGUUCCGAACCCGGCGAGCUCUGCACAUGCACAUCAAGCGCAUACAUCCCACCACUCUACCAGAAAUAAAAUGCCCCGAGUGUGGCAAAGAAUUCAAUGUUCCCUACAAGCUCAAGUACCACAUUGAGAGGUGCCACAAAAAAGAUUGCGACAAGUUUAAAUGUCCCAUCUGCGAGAAACUCUACAAGAGCCACUUAAAUUUAAACAGGCAUCUGCACUUCCAACAUUCCCAGGUUGAAAGACAUCCGUGCGUAUUCUGUCCGAUGACAUUCAAAUCCCGGCAUCAUAUGAAGAGGCACAUCCUCAACAUCCAUCCGCCUCUUGAAUCUAAGGUGACUUGCCCCGAGUGCUUGAAGGAGUUCAAGAACGACCAGUACCUGAAGGAGCACAUGCAGGUCCACUCCUCCCUCGACACAAAAGUGAAAUGCGACCUGUGCGACAAGUUCUUUCACUCCGCUGUUCGUUUGAAGAAGCACAAGAAGAUAGUGCACCCGGACAAGCCGAAGAUCCGCUGCGAGAAGUGCGACAAGGAGUUCGCGCACGCGCACUACCUGCGCCGCCACAACAACUCCGUGCACGUCGACAUGGACGAGACCAGCUACCCCCAUGAGUGCAACCAAUGCGGCAAAAAGUUCAAGAUCAAGAGAUACCUCAACAACCACCUGCAGCGGCACGAGCAGCAACAUCUCAAGCGCAUCUCCCAGAUGGUCAAAACUGUGAUGGAUGACGGCGAGAAUCCGGCGACGCCAAAGGACAAGACGCCGAAGCCCGGAAGGCCAAAAUCUUCGACCAAAACUAAACCUACAAAUUCCAGGCCCAAACGCAGUGCGGCAGCUCGACAAAGAAAAGAGAUAGAAUUUAUUAAAUGUGAACCCAUGUCCAGUUCGGAGUCUGAAUCCGAGGAGACCGACUCGGAGUCGGAGUAGAGCAUUUAUGGUCAAGUGUGGGUUUCUCACCUCCACUUUGAGGUGUUAGCCUUGCAUAGUCAUCGUUAAUUAAGCUAUUCCAGAAUUUUGAAUUCAGUAGAAUAAGCUAAUAAGUUAUGUCAAAGUCAGUGUUUCCCAACUGAGUGGGUGACCCCUCAAGGGGCUGGACCAAAAUGUUGGGAACACAUGUGAUUAGAGUAAUUACUAAUUACUAAUUAUAUUGAACUUGAGAACAGUGCUCCCGUUGAUGGCCUACAGUAAGGUGGCACACUCAAUAUUUGCUUAUGGUGAAAUUUUAUGAGUCAGUUUUAUUAUGAAAUAUCUGAAACACAUUUUCGCUCCACUCAGUAUGCAUAUUUAUGAAUUCAAACUACUUAUUUGUUAAUAUAUUUGUAUGGAACAUAUUGAGAGAAUUAUAAAAUAUACUUUAUAUUACAUUAACUUCAAAACCUAUUCAUUUUACUGUAAAUAAUUUAAAUAAGUUAUUGUAAAUAAGAUCUUGAAAUAAGAUUUUGGGCAAUUUAAUCUUGCACAUCAUCAUCUCUUGAAAUUUGAAUCUGUCAAUUUACUAUCCUUAAUAACUUUAAACAGCUUGUGUGUAAUCUUGGGUCUUGUUGUAUAUGUAUGUAGUAUAAUUAAUCAUGGCAGCUCAAAUUGUAUAGAUCGUGAUUAGGUAUAUUAUGGUACUACUUAUACUAUAUUAUACUACUGUGGGUACAACAAUCAUAAGAUGCUGACUCAAAAUUCUAUUUUAUUCACUGCACAAAAAGUAUAUUUCACUGUAAGAAAAUAAAGUUAAAUUUUACGUCGCUAAAGUGCAGCACCGUGUUUCGUCCUUGUCUAAAAUGUAGAUGUGAAAUUAUUUUUAGGUGAUGUACUUACUACUAAUAUAUAUUGUGGUGAUGUCAUGAUGUGUGCUAUUUCUAAUACAGUAGACCCGCGUUAAUCCGACAAACGUUUUGCACAGCCUUGUCGGAUUAGCGGAUUUGUCAGAUUAUAGAGUACUGCCUACUUUUUUACACAUUACAAUACCUUAAAAUCAUAAUUUUAUGGUUUUAUCUGAACUGCAGUCUGCAAAUUAUUUUCCUAAAGCUAGGUACUUAUCAGAAAGCUGUAACCGUAACCGGAUUACAAGGGGCGCCGGUUUAGCCAGGGGCCGGAUUAGAGGGGGGGGUCUACUGUAUAGCACACAACCGCUAAAGUCUGACAUUUUGUGAUUAGCGUACAUGAUCCGUACACGUUACUCCAAACAUUGAAACACUAGAAUAUGUGAGUACAACUCACUUACAAACAACAAAGAAUAUGAUAUGGAAAUUGGAAAUGUUAAGCUGCUUCAGAAGACUGAAGAAAGCUAAUGUUUUCUUCAGUCUUCAAAUCGUGAUUAUAAUAAUUGUUUGAGGGAUGGUAUUUUGGUGUACUUUUAUAUUGGGGGUAUGUGUGGUGUUAUAUGUUAUAGUAUGGUGCCGUUGUAUUUACAAAGCUUGCGAGUGGUGGCAGAGUAGAAAUUCGU